AUGGAAAGAGACAAAGUGUUAACCUCUAUCGACCAAUCAGACUGGGCAACUCCAGCAAUUUUCGUUAAAAAACCAAAUGGAACGAUACGAGUGGCAGGUGACUACAAGGUCACUGUCAACUCCUGCAUCAAGUCAUCAGAGUACCAACUGCCAUCAUCAGCUGAAGCCAUGGCGACGCUGAAUGGGGGAACAAUCUUCUCCCAAAUAGACCUGAAGAAUGCUUACAAGCAGUUACGAGUUGAUGAGGAGACAGCAAAUACACUGACCCUCAGCACACCCAAGGGUCUAUACAAGGUAAAUGUACUUUUGGAUGGUCUAAAUAUUGCCCCCAGAAUCUUUCAAAAAUUCUUGGUAACGCGUCUACAGGACAUCCCAGGAGUAUUGAUAUACUUGGAUAAAAUAAAAAUCCAAGGAUCCACCAAGGAAGAACAUGACAUACGGUUGAGGGAAGUACUACGACGUCUGGAAAUCGCCAAUCUUCGUAUCAAUCGUGAGAAAUGUGUCGUGGGAGUAGAAAGCAUGGAAUUCUUGGGAUAUGAGGUAUCCAGCCAAGGGAUCCGGCCACUAAAGAAGAAAAUAAAAGCAAUUGUCAAAAUGCCGGCUCCAACCAACGUGAAAGAGCUACAAGCAUUCCUAGGCAGCGUCAACUUCCACAAUCAAAGUCUCGCAGACAGGGCCAAUAUCGCAGAGCCCCUACAUCGAUUGUUGGAAAAGAAGACCAGCUGGAAUUGGACUGAACGUCACCAGGAAGCUUUCACGAGACUGAAACAGCAUCUGGCAUCAGCACCGAUCUUAUGCCACUACGACGAGUCCAAGCCCAUCAUCGUGGCAGCCGACGCAUCACCGUAUGGAAUCGGAGCCAUACUAUCCCAUGUGGAUAAAAAUAACAUUGAACACCCAGUAGCCUUCUCGUCGAAAACGCUAUCAGCAACCCAACGAAAUUAUUCACAGCUGGAACGAGAGGCGCUGACCCUAAUACACGCAGUCACACAUUACCACCAGUACCUAGCAGGCAGGAAAUUCAAAUUGAUCACAGAUCACAAACCACUGCUGGGGAUAUUCAAUCCAAAUCGUCCAACUCCGGAAAUCAUUUCCCCAAAGCUGAUAAGGUACCUUAACACAUUGAGAGCCUACGAGUAUGAAUUGGAAUAUCGAGAGGGACGAAAAAAUGGUAACGUGGACACACUCUCACGCCUACCUCUGGAGGGGAAUUUUGAGGAGGAGGAGGAGGAGACAUAUGGAGAAGUCCUAAUGAUAGAAAACGUCACUAGAGACCCAAUCACUCACCGAGAAAUUGCUGAGGAAACAAAGAAGGAAGAAACCUUGCGGCAAGUGAAGACAUGGCUCCAACGGGGUUGGCCAGGCAAAGUUCCACCUCAAUACACACACUUCUCCAAAAAAAUAAUGGAGUUAUCGAUUUAUAAAGAGUGCAUCAUCUGGGGACACCGAGUCGUCAUACCGACCACUCAACGUAAACAAAUGCUUAAAUAUUUACACGCCAAUCAUCCGGGAAUCUGUGGAACAAAAGCAGCAGCACGAUCCUACGUUUGGUGGCCAGAAAUCGACCAGGACAUCGAAACAAUGGUGAAAAAUUGCCAAGAAUGCAUGGAAGUACUAUCAGCCCCAGCGAAGACACCCACACAACCAUGGGUAGCACCAGACAAACCAUGGACUCGCUUACACGUUGACUUUGCUGGGCCUAUGGCAGGACCGACAUUCCUGAUAGUCGUGGACUCAACUACGAAAUGGCUGGAGGUCAAACGGGUGAGUUCACCAAAUUCUCUCAAUGUAAUCAAAGUACUGCGAGCACUCUUCGCAACAUUUGGCAUUCCAGACACCAUCGUGUCAGAUAAUGGAACAGCCUUCACAUCUGAGGAAAUAAAAGCCUUCUACCAGAGAAAUGGGAUCAAAGCCAUGUACAUCGCACCGUAUAACCCACAAGCAAACGGCCAGGCGGAGAGAAUGGUCCAAACAGCAAAACGCUCAUUGAAAAAAUUGAAUGAAGGCGAUUGGGAACUCAAGCUAGCUCGUAUAUUGCUUAAACAACACAGUACACCAUCCACAUCCACCGGAGCCUCACCAGCAGAGCUCAUGAUGGGAAGAAAACUACGUACAGCACUAGACAAACUCCCCCCAAACAACGAACAUGAAACCAACAAGGGGUACGACUCAGUAAAAAUACGGAGACUUCACCCCGGGGAUAAAGUCAGAAUGAGGACAUACCGAACAGCAGGACCAACAUGGAUAGUAGCAACAGUGCAGGAGGCACUGGGCAACCGAAACUAUCUCGUAAAAGAGAGAGAAACAGGACUGAUUCACAAACAAGAAAUCAAUCAGCUCGUUCAGCUUCCGAGAGAGCAAGACGAGACACCCGACACAACUGACAGAAAACACAAAAAGAAAACCAUCAACACUCAAUUCUACACUGAGGAGAAGCCGGACACAGAGCAGGAGGACUCCGAUGAAUCUCAAGCGAGGGGGAAGCAGACGAAGGACAGGAAGAUGAAGAACAAGCACACAACCAAUGACGAAAAAGACCAAGACGCCAAUGCGUUGGGAAUGGUAGAACCCGUUAUAGAGACAGCAUACGGGAGUCAAGCAUCGUCGAAGGUCUUCCCUAGAAAAAAGGAAAACAAACGACCCGGGGAGGAAAAACACAUCCAGAAGGGGAGAGAUGUCACAUACGUGACCUAA